CGCACGAGUCGAACUGCUCUCGCGCGAUAACAGCUGCCCGGCUCGGUGACUCGCUGCGACGCGGAGCAUGCACGAGUCGCAUUACCGCAGGCGCCGCGCCUCGCCGCGCUCGCACCGAUAACAUCUGCAAAAUCUGAUAUUUAGGCCGGCGAUAUCGCGAUAGAGUUCGAUUUCGAGUUGCGCGACGGUCUGCCGGCGACGUGCGCGGCCAUGUGAGCGUUCCCCGCCCGACGGGAGCGACAACCGAACAAAAAAGCAGCCCGCUGAUGUCUACCCCUCCCGGACGAUACAAAAAAGGGAUAAAAACGUUAUUCCUGGAACGUACACAUGUGGACGCCGGGUGAUCGUGGUUGCUAGUGUUGAUUCUGCAGUACCGCCAUGAUGCCUCGAAGAAGUAGGUGGAUGCACAUGGUGACUGGGCUCGUGGCCGGCGUCGUGUUUGGAGUGUUUCUCAAGCUGUGUUUGAGGACUUCCUCGCGGACGAGCAUAGAGGCUUGUCCGGAGUCGGCCCGCUCGUAUGCGGACCCGGAACCGCUAGCCUUAAUAGGUCUCAACCCGAACGAGACUGUUCAUAAUUCAAACAGAACUCUAGUGUUUGUCGGUGUGAUGACGGCUGAACAAUAUUUGACGACGAGAGCGAGGGCAGUGUACGACACCUGGGCCCAGGACCUGCCGGGGCGUAUCGCGUUUUUCAGUUCAGAAGUGUCUCGGGCCCCGGGUUUGCCCCUCGUGCCGCUGCGCAACGUAGACGACAGUUAUCCUCCUCAGAAAAAAUCUUUCCUCAUGUUGUUGCACAUGUACGAAAAGUAUGGGGAGAAAUUCGAAUGGUUCAUGAGAGCGGACGAUGAUGUAUACGUAAGAGGUGAUAAAUUAGAGGAAUUCCUGCGUUCGGUUGACAGCCGCAAGCCUCAGUUCAUAGGGCAAGCUGGUAGGGGAACCAACGACGAAAAAGAUGUGCUGGCUCUGGACUAUAAUGAGAACUUCUGUAUGGGUGGUCCUGGUGUACUGAUUUCUCGUGAGACCCUGCGGAGAGUGGCCCCUCACGUGAAGUACUGCUUGAAGCACCUGUACUCCACUCACGAGGACGUGGAGCUGGGUCGCUGUGUCGCCAAGUUUGCCGGUGUAUCCUGUACUUGGAGUUAUGAUAUGCAAACGAUUCUCCACCACAAUGGCAGCGGCGAGGCGGCCUACACCGGUCGUUUGAAAGCCAGAGAGGUACACCGAGCCAUCACACUGCAUCCGGUAAAAGACCAUCGCCAGAUGUACAGAAUACAUUCAUAUUUCAAGAACUUUCGUAUCCAAGAGCUUCGUGAGCGUUCUCUGGAUCUCCACCGGGACAUCUCCUCGGCGCUUCGGGAGCUUUCUAUUCCCCGGGACGAGGUCGAUGACUUUGUCUUACCCGGAGACGUCCCGCUGUUCCCGGCCAAGAUUGGGGAGCCAGGAUACUUGGGGGAUAAUAAAAUAUUAGGUGCCCCAAUAGACAUGAAUCGGUACAAGCCCUCCAAUCUAGACGAUAUCGUCAUAUUUGACUUCAUCAGCAAGAGCCUGUACUCCGCCUACCACUCAAACCCGAAAAGACGAGUGGAGCUACCCCUGAAAGAAGCUAUGGAUGAUGUUAUCAGAGAAGUUAUGGAGAUUAUUAAUGCACCGUCUCGUCAACGAGGACGUGUGAUUGACUUCAACGAGCUUCUGUACGGAUACACCAGGCUCCAGCCGGUGCACGGGGCCGAUCACAUCUUGGAUCUGCUGUUGAAGUACAGGAGAUACAGAGGAAGGAAAAUGACAGCGGCAGUUAGACGACAUGCUUAUUUGCAGCAGUCAUUUACAGGUAUGGAGAUAAGAGAGUUACCAAUGGGAGAUCCGCCUCCAUUUGAAGAUCCAGCCAUACUAGAAAAGACUGAGAAUGGAUUAUAUCCGAACGACUACGAGGACUUUGACGAGUCCAGUGCUCAACAGAGCAGCUUUUUGGACUUCGGUAAAUUAAAAGUCAAGGAAGCUCUCGAAACUGGUCUUCAGAAGAUCCAGAACAACUUACCCAAGGUGUUGAAGUGGAAUAGUGAUGAUUCUGAAGAGUACCCGGUAUAUGACAGAAAAAUACACUUCGUUCUGCCCCUAUCUGGUAGACAAGAGACAUUCGGUAGAUUCAUGAAGAACUACGAAGAUAUAGUUUUAAAAAGCAGUCAAGCUGCCUCUCUAAUUGUCGUAGCUUAUUUAGAUAGCAAACAUCCACUAGAUUAUAGAAACACAGAGUUACUAAUAAAUUAUUAUAUCGAGAUGUACGGGAAAGACAUCCAAAUAGUUAAAAUGGGGUCGAAUAUGUUUUCACGGGGAGCCGCCUUGACCGAGGGACUCAAGCUCUGCGAUAGCGACGACCUUGUCUUCUUCAUUGACGUGGACAUGAUGUUCAACCACGAGAGCCUUCGUAGAAUUAGAAUCAACACAAUAAAAUAUAACCAAGUUUAUUUCCCAAUAGUGUUUAGUGAGUACAAUCCAGAUGUAGUGAACGGUGAUGAUUAUAAUAAAGUUAAAGGCGAAACUCUGUUUGUGGACACUGAAUUAGAGAAGUUUAUUGAUGACGAAGAAACAGUGAGAACGGACAGAGAAUUGGCGAACUUGAAGUACAGCCGGGAAAUAACUGAUGAUACGGGCUAUUUCAGGCAGUACGGUUUUGGUAUUUUAGCUAUUUAUAAACGUGACUUCGAACGGAUAGGGGGAUUCGAUUUGAACAUUAAGGGUUGGGGUCUAGAAGACGUGCAGCUUUUCGAAACGCUAAUUAAAUCAAAUUUAACGGUAUACAGGAUAGCUGACGAGACUCUAGUCCAUAUAUUCCAUUCGGUUGACUGUGAUAAAAAUUUAGAGAAGAGCCAGUUCAAGAUGUGUCUGGGAACGAAGGCAUCGACUUACGGCAGUGAGAAGCACAUGGCGUAUUAUAUGCUAAACCACCCUGAUGUCCUGUGGCCGCCACAAGAUAAACCUGAAGCGGAAGCGGAAGUGGUGGAAGAGAAACCUAAGGAAAAGAACGAGAAAGGUGCCAGGUAGUACAGGGUCGCUUAGGUUAGGUGCAGUCAAAGUUAGGUAUUUAGAAUCGUUUUGAGGGACUCUUUGUGUGCUAUAUAAAUGGGAUCCUAGUUUUCUACCAAAUCGGAUACCACAUCAUACGUAAGCUAGUUAGACAGGUAUGCCAUUCAAAACUCAAAACAAAAAAAGAAAACUUUCACGUUGCCUUUUUGAUAAUUGGAUUUCUAAAUACAUCAAAGUUACAACUAUUAUUUCGUCAAGAAUUCUGGACCUUUAUAUAACUAUCUUUAAGUAUAGUGCUGUUAGAGUUACUGUAAAAUAUCC